AUGAUCAGGAAACUAAAAGAAAAGUACGAGAUGGCAGGCCUUCAGACGAACCUAGCGAAAUGUGAUUACCUUAUAGUAGGCAAUGAAGAGUUACCAAGUUUAUGGAAUAUUAAGUCAAAACAGUAUUCAAAUCGAAAAGAAAAGGCAAAGGCGUAUGAGAAACUUAUAAGUUAUUGCAAAACCGUAGACAAAAAUGCUUCGAUGGAUAUGGUAAAAAAGAAAAUUAAUAAUAUUAGAAGUGCCUUUCGAAAGGAGCACAAAAAAGUUCUAAAAUCAAAAAGAAGUGGAUCAUCUACAGAAGAGCUGUAUGAGCCAACUCUUUGGUAUUAUAAAUUACUGCUUUUUACGGCUUCGCAGGAAGAACCUAGGAUGUCAGUUUCAAAUGAUGAUGAGUCGGAGUCGGAGGGUGACGAUGCCAAUAAUGAGGAAGAUGUCACCCAGCAUGAUACUCAAUUUUCACCGCUUACUGAAGAUGCGUUGCAAGCACCGUCUGAAAUAUAUCAGCUAUCACCACCACAAACACCGCAUCAGUCAUCAACCUAUUCACGUCCAUCAACUUCCAGAUCUUCUAAUAGUGCAAAAAGAAAGAAGUAUGGACAGGAAGAAAGUAUCCAAAGGAUUUGCGCUAAGUUGGACAGAGAAAAUGAUGAAUGUGACAGUAUUGGAGAAAAUGUGGCCCAUAAACUGCGCCGAAUGGACAGCGACCAGAAAAUGUAUGCUGAAUUAUUACUUCACCGUCUUCUCUUCCUUGGUGUUCAAAAGAAAUUAUGCGAGGAAUCUCAUAUAUGUAUAAAUUCGGCACAUAGCGUUUCAUCUCAUUAUAAUACUAUGUUGCCAAUGCAACUUCAAUACAAUCAACAGCCACAACCUUUAACUCCUUCUCCUUUCCAACCCAUAUUAACAAAUCAGCAACAACAAACUUUCACUUCUUCGCAACACACAUCAACUUACAAUCAGCAACAAAAUGUCACUCUUUCCCGACCCUCAGCAACUAUUUCUGAAACACAGUACACAAAUGCAGAAGGAGAAAACCUCGACAUAAAUAUAAACUAUAUAAGACCUCUUGAUAAAACUACCCCUGAAACAAUGGAGGAAAGCGGCAACACGUCGAAACUUAAAGGAUCUUUAACUGAAUUGCUGGUUUUUAAUCGAUGA